UGCCCUUCAUAAUGUGCGUGCUCAGAUGUGUGUCUGCAUGAAGUUAGUCAUUUAUGCAUAUGAUAUAACGACGUCUCUUACUCACUGGAUUGAUUCUGAGGAAAUAAACAUCUAUACAUCCUGCUGGAGAAUGACCAAAAGAGCUUUCAUUCUGCUGCUGAUUUUGGGCUUUUGUGCCAUGUGGCAGAGGGCAGAUGCUCAGAUCACUUUAGGAAAACCUAAACUCGAGGCUCCCUUCUUUGGAAUUGAGGAAGAAAUUGUGAAUGUUUCCUGCAAACUGGACGAGAUCCCAACAGACGAGAUUAUUCUGUACAAGCUGUUUAAGGAGGAUAAUUUAAAUAAGUUGUAUGGGGAAUACAGCGCUCACAGGAAAGAGAAAGGCCGUUUUCUUAUUUAUGUUCAACCUGCUCAUGAUGGAUGGUUUAUAUGCCAGGCCAGUGUGCAAAACAACUCUGAGAUCACUCCCACCUUCAGCGACAAGAAGAGAUUCCAUGUAUUGCUACCCAUAGCAGGUGUAGAAAUCAUAUCAAACCAGUCUUUGGAAGAUCUCUGGGAGGGAGAAAGUCUGACUCUGCAGUGUGAUAUAUCUAAAGGGACUUUUGUGUUUUAUACCUGGAUACGGGAUAAUUUGACGAUCCAGAAUGAAACCUCUGACAAACAACUACAUAUCCCGAUCCUUACCAAAGAAAACAGCGGGGAAUAUUUUUGUCUUGCUGAAAACAUCUUUAAUGACACAGUAUAUUUCUCUAACAUGAGUGCAGGAAGGAAUGUGCAUGUUAAAGAGAACCUGUCAAGUCCUGAAAUUUCAUUUAAUGUUCUCAAGGAUGCCAAAGGAAAUUUUAAUGCAAGAGUGAACUGCGAGGUGAAAAAAGGAUCCUUGCCCAUAAACUUCACCCUGUUCAGAAACAAUCAAAAUGUUGACGCAGUCAUCAGUCAACACCAAAAUGUCACAUUUGUAGUGCCCAUUGUACUGGACCAGGACAUGGGCACAGUGUAUUGCCAAGCAAGUAAUGGGGAACAACCAGUGCAAAGCAAGAAACUGAAUCUAACAGUGGAGUCAUUAGAGGGCACUGUAACAAUAAGACUGGAGAAAGUUGAGAGCCAGGACUUGUGUUGGGCCGUGCUUGGUGUAUACAUGUAUUGCGAAGUGAAAAAUGAAAGUUUUCUGCAAUUCCAGUGGUUCUUCAAUAACAAAAGGCUGGAGAAAUUUGGGACGUUUCACAGAAUAUAUUACGAAGACAACUCGGGUAUUUCUGUCAGAUUGAACCCGCAUGGUGCUAGUGAUGGGUUCUACCACUGCGAGGUCUUUACCCCAUUCAACAACACUAAAAAACUGAGGAGUUCUAAAGAGUUUCGGAUUAGUUAUGAAGCUUUCAACAAAAUACCAACUAAUGUGGCAGUCAUCGUUUUCACCCUUUUCUCACUGCUGAUUUGUGCUGUGUUCGCUUGUUGUAUUUAUGGAGUGGUGUUACGAAAAAUGAAGGCGAGAAAAUACAUCUUUAGAGUGAAAGACUUCCCAGACAUGCAUAGUGUCAUUGAUGAUGAUGAUGAUUAUAAUGAUGAUACUGAGGAAAUUGAGGAAGACAAAUUUGAAGAAGUAGAACAUGAAGAUCUGGAUACAGAGGCAUAUAUCGAAGAUAUAGAGGUUGUACAAGCUUCCAUGAUGGAGGACUUUGAGGAGAGUGAAGAGGAGAAAGAGACAGACGUAGAUAAUUACAAUUUCUGAAUAUUUGUAUGGUUACUAAAAAAUGUAGUAACUUCAUGUCUGAAUACAGUAGUGUUAAUGUUAAACCACAUUGAAAAUUUAUGAUUUUUGUUUGGAAAGGAAAUAUCCAUAAUACUGACUAUUCAUUAUACAAGAAGUUGUGGAAUUUCCAGGUCACUAUUUAGAUUAUAACAAUUUUGUAAGAUUGACCAUGUUAAUAUCUUAGUUUUUUGUCUUUGGUUUUGCAUGAGUUUUAUCCUGGCUGUUGAAGCGCAUGCUCAGAUGACACACUGAUGGAUUAGAUCUAAGAUGGCUCAACAGUUCUAAAUUAUGUUGUCUGUGUCAGGUCGAGUUAUUCGUAUGAAAAAGACCACAAUCUUGAUAUUAUUAUUAUUAUUAUUAUUAUUAUUAUUAUUAUUAUUUACAGUUACUUUCCUGUUAGUUUGCUCAACUUUUUUGUUAGUAAACUUUCAGUUACUAUGGGUUUAGUUUUGUUCAUGGGUUGAGUUAAUUGCAGUGACAUUUAAUAAAAUCUUUACGUUCUUUGUUUUUGGA